UUCGGAUUUCAUAAACGUCAUCGGAACUCAUGCAGUGAACACGGAUACACUAUAUUGUUGUUUUGUUUUGAUUUUUAUCUUAAAGAAAUAUAAACCUAUAUUAAAACCGUCAAAAAUGCGGAUAACAAACAUAAGACGCGGUAGAAUUUUCCGUACAACCGGUUUGUGUGCGAUUCUUUUGCUAUUUAUUUAUGCUAUACACAGUUACUCUCGUUCAAAUGGCAACGUUGUUUCUUAUGAAAAGCUAAUUGUUAAUGAACCCCUUAGCAAAUACAAAUUUCACAAGGAUAUAUACCCUACUUUACAAACUGAGCUAGGCAACUUUGAGCCUCGUUCCAAGAAUAUUGUAAAAGGGCCGGGUGAAGAGGGCCUACCAUACCACAUGCCUCAGGACAGAGCCAAUGAUAUAGCUGAGUCGGAAAGCGAAUACGGCAUGAACAUAGCCGCAUCUAAUGAUAUUGCUAUGAAUAGAUCAAUUCCGGACACUCGUCUGGAUGAAUGUAAAUAUUGGCACUAUCCUGAAGAACUGCCGAGUACAUCAGUAAUUAUUGUGUUCCACAACGAAGGUUUCUCAGUGCUCAUGAGGACCGUGCACACUGUCAUAGAUCGUUCACCGCCCAACAUAUUGAAGGAGGUUGUUAUGGUUGACGAUUUUUCAGAUAAAGACGAUUUAAAAGAAAACUUAGACAACUAUGUUAAACGUUGGAAAGGCAAAGUGAGAAUAAUAAGAAACAGUGAAAGACAGGGUCUGAUACGUACCAGAUCGAGAGGGGCUAUGGAAGCUACGGGGGAGGUCAUAGUAUUUUUGGACGCUCACUGCGAGGUCAACGUCAACUGGUUACCGCCACUACUCGCUCCUAUAUACAGGGACUACAAGAUCAUGACCGUACCAGUUAUAGAUGGUAUCGACCACAAAACCUUCGAAUACAGACCGGUUUACUCGCAUGGUAUUAAUUAUAGAGGUAUAUUCGAAUGGGGUAUGCUUUACAAAGAAAACGAAGUACCUGACAGGGAAGCCAGUUUGCACAAACAUAAAUCUGAACCAUACAAAAGUCCUACCCACGCUGGUGGUCUUUUCGCAAUAAACAGGAAUUAUUUCCUUGAAAUCGGUGCAUACGAUCCCGGUCUUUUAGUGUGGGGUGGAGAGAAUUUCGAAUUAAGCUUCAAGAUUUGGCAAUGCGGCGGUAGUAUUGAAUGGGUGCCAUGCUCCAGGGUCGGUCACGUGUAUAGAGCCUUCAUGCCGUACUCGUUCGGAAAUCUAGCUAAAAACCGGAAAGGAUCUCUCAUCACAAUUAAUUACAAACGGGUCAUUGAAACUUGGUUCGAUGAGGAGCAUAAGGAAUUUUUCUAUACAAGGGAACCCAUGGCCAGGUUUUUGGAUAUGGGCGACAUCAGUGAACAAGUAGCCCUGAGGGACAAAUUGAACUGCAAGAGCUUCAGUUGGUACAUGGAGAAUGUCGCUUAUGACGUAUAUGAUAAAUUCCCCAAAUUACCCAAAAAUGUUCAUUGGGGUAUGGUGAAGAAUAAAGCAAUCGGCCUGUGUCUAGAUACUAUGGGAAAAGCAGCUCCUUCAUAUAUUGGUAUACAGUCCUGUCAUGGGGCUGGGAACAAUCAGCUGUACAGAUUGAAUGAGGCGGGACAGUUGGGUGUUGGCGAGAGAUGUCUGGAAGCCGAUACGGACAGCCUCAAACAGACGAUCUGCCGGCUAGGGACUGUUGACGGACCUUGGAGGUACGACAAAGAGCGCAGCCAUCUGAUACACAGGUUGCACAGCUAUUGUCUGACCCUGCAGCCCAAUUCCAGAACACUUGGUCUGGCUCCUUGCGACCCCAACAAUACUUAUCAACAGUGGACCAUAGCGCAGAAGAACCCCAAGUGGUGAUACUAACGACUAUCACUUAGACAAUCCGUCAAAUCAGAUUCGGUCGAGAUUACUCCAAGCUCGUCCUGAAUAAAGUUAUCCGCAUGACGGCGUAACUUCAAUGACAAUAAAAUUAUAAUUUUUGUCUUAAAAUUACUUAAAAUGACUUAAAACAACUUAAUGUCUAGCAAUUAUAUGAAUGUAGUGAAUUUUAAGGUCCAAAACACAUUCCUAUACUUUCGGUAACAAAUCGCAUUUUAAAUUUAGCAACCCUUUAAGUAAAAUUAAUCAUUUGUUAAAUGUCCAAAUAUUAUUAUUUGUCUAAUUUCUAAAAAUGAAAUAAAUUUUCUAAAUUAUAAAUUACUUCUUGAACUCAAGAAGAUUUGCUAAAAAAAAAUUACACAAGUGUAUUCUUUAAUAUGGCAAUAAUGUUCUAGAUUAUCGUAUUAUAACUGGCAACACUUAUUCGGUUUAUCUAUUUCGUAUUAAUAAAAUACGUAGUUCUAAGAUAAUUAAUAUUUUAAAAAUAUAAAAGACAUUUUUGCAACUAUCUUAGCAUUUAAAUUAUUUGCACAAAAACUAUCGAAUCUCUGUACAUUUAUUUCGUUUCAAUAUUUUUAAACAACAGCUUUACAAUUUUUCCCUGGAAAUUAUUUAAAAAUACUCUUUAUUUUCCUAUGAGCUUUUAUUAUGAUAUAACAAAACUAAAAUACAAGUCGUUUUUUAUCUUAAAUAUAUAUUUUCUAGAUUUUGGUUGCGUACAAAAAUAUAUAAAAAAGAUUUAAUAAGUACCGGCUUUGUAGUGAAAAUAAUGCAAUAAUGUACAUAAAACAUUACUCGCCGUGAAGUUCCAAUAGCACUUAUUCCCUCAUUAUUCUUACCUAAUAUUUAAUAUAAUGCUCUCUUGUGUUCAUAUUAUAUAUAUCUCAAUUACUUAUUACGUCUUGAAUUUACUUUAUUUAAUGUUAGUUUUCAAUGAUUACUUCUGAAGUUUUAAUUCACUUCAUUUGAGACUAACUGGACAUCUUUUUUAGUUUUUGCCAAUUGUGCUAGAAUUUUCAUGAUUUUAUUUUCAUUUUCUCUAAAAAAAAAAAAAAAAAAACUAAGGAAGGCUAUGUCCCAUAGCCGUGAUAUUUUUCUUGACCUAGAUAUCAGGUGAGAAAAACGUUGCAUUAACAAACCUGAUAACAAUUAGGUUAUUUUUUUAUAUUUAAAUUAGUUUUUAUAAUUACUCCAUAUAAUUUAAUACAUUGAUAAAGCUAUAACACGUACAUACAUAAUAUGUAUGUAUCUAUGCAUAUUAUGCUAAUAAAAAUGUCAUACAAUUUUUUUAAAGGCGUUUCCAAUAAUUUUAUUAACUAACUACUCGAGAUAUUGUAAAUUAAACAACAUAGUGCGAGCCUUCUCAAGACAUAAAUGAAAAUAUAUACGUUAUUAUUAUUUUUUAAAUUAGAAGUACACAAUACUCGCAUUUAAUAAAAAUUGCAUUUCCCAUACACAUAAAUUUUCUUAUGUGUAUGUCUAAAUUGUCUAAAAAUAUUAAUGUUUUAUUUACUUACUUAUGAUGUAUCGAACAGCAAUAGACUUAUUAUUGGUUUUGUCAAAGACUUGUAUCGUGUUAAAGUUUUUAGGACACGAAUCUUUGUAUAAAAAGAUUUUUUUUUAAGUUGACCAUGCAAUAAAUGCUUAUGAUUUAUGAAUAUAUAUUAUCUGUUAAGAUUGUAUAAUCUGUGACAUCUAAGCUAAAAGUUUAUUACUUAAUAUAUUUUUAUAAGCUAAGAGAAAAAUAUAUAUAUACCUACUUUAAGUUCUUAUCGUUUUUGGUUAUAAAUUACAAUAAUUAGCAGUCUAGUAAUUUUAUUGAAUUUAUCUUGAGCGUGAUCAGGAAUUGUAAGAACGUGUUAAAAAUUAUCAACAACCUGUUAUAUACAAGGUAUUUGUAAUUACAUACAAAAUUAAAUUUUUGUAUUUAUUGUACUUAUUCUAUAAAGUUUCGCCUGUAAAAUAAAUUUAUAUUCAUAUUUAUUGUUAA